ACAGUGCUUCAGUAGUAUCACAGAUCAGGAGAGCAUACAGAAGAGUUACACGGAGAUAACUGCGUACAGGCUACAGAGAGAACACGCUUAGGUGGGAAGCAAAAAAAAAAAAAAAAGCAACAAACCGUCUGUAACCUGCAAAUCCGAGCCAUCCUGCUGCUAUGACCCUGUUCAAGAGUGAAUAUCACAACCCACAAUGCAUGAGCAUGACAGAAGAUCAGAAAUCCACACGCUCAAAGCUGCGGGGAGUCAAGAGGCUAAGCAGCACUGCAUACCAAUCAGAGGUCGAGCUUGACUAUGACUGUUACCAGGACGAUCUAUAUGACAGGGUGUACAACUACCAGCACGUACCCUCAACUGUGUCUCCACUGCCUUACGGCUCCAGUCUCGCCAAACAACUGCGCUCCACCUCAUCCCUGUCCUCCUUACAUAGCCAGAAACGAAGUCGAGAUCUUCCCUCGUCUAGGAGCUCCAGACCUCACUCAUCCAACAGAGCCAAGUUGAAGAUGGAAGAGCUGCAAGUGAUAAAGCGAGAGCUGACUGUAAUAAAGGUGCAGGUCGACGGGCUUUUGGACAGUCUGGACAGGAUGGACAGACAAAGACAAGAGACCACAGAUUCACCUUUUUCUCAGGAUGGCAGUUUAGGAGGGUCGCUGUCGCAUCCUUCAGUCAGCAGUCCAGAAGCAUCUCCCCGAAGCCUCAGUCCCCACUGCAGGGCCCAGAAAAACAGUCCUGAGCUUGGAGAGGCCAGCGAUGACAACACACUAUGAAUCGGCACAGUUCUGACAUGGAGGAUGAUAUGAGGCGGCACUGCUCGGAGACUGCACGACACUCAAAUGAAAAGGAAACUGUACCAAACCUAAAGACAGACAAAUCCCCUCCAUCCAGCCGGAUCUCCAUCCUCGUAAAACGGGCCUGAACCCCUGGUGUUAUGCCCAACAUUAACUGAACACAUUAUCACAACAUACUGAUUCCUGUGUUGGGUCAAGGUUUUGUCAGUACUGCUUAGUUCAUAUUCUUUUGACAAGAGUUGAAUUCUUGCUAACAAAUAAACAGCCAUCAUUAAUGACAAAUAUAUCAGCAUGGUAGCAGCUAUUCGAUGAACAUAUGUGGAUAAAUUAUCUUUAAUGUCUCAUAUUCUUCACUGUAGUCCCAAUAAAUCUACAGGGCUUAUCAUUUUCCUGCCAUACUGUAUAUGAAUGUAAGAGUACAGUACAAGAUUAGAGCACAAAGUCUUCCCAAUUAAGCAGAUGUAACACAAUUUCAUGAUAUCACUUAAUAACUUGAUAUUAAACUGGUUCAUAAUUUUAUAAAGGAGACUUGAGGGUUUCUUUAAACUUAAAGUGUGGAGGUAAACUUAUGAAGAAUACUUUAUUUGAUCAUAUAUAAUAGAGGUAUAAAAAUACAUACUAAGAAUAAAUGAUAGUGACACAAUAUUGAUGAGUACAAGUUUGCAGUACAAGCCUUUGUUCUUUUAAGCUUGUCAUAAUAUUGUUGCAUUCAUCAUAUCAGUCUCCACUUUAUAUACUUGAUUGAUUUUAAGGUAUAUUUCCCUAAAAAAAAAACUAGCAUUCUGUCAUUAUUUACUUACCCUCUUGUCAUUCCAAACUCAUCUGACUUUCUCUCUUACUUAGAACAGAAAAAGAGAUGUGUAGCAGAAUGUGUAUAUUGCUCUUUUACAUAUAAUUAAGCAUACAGUUACUGAGACUGUCAAGCUCUAAAAAAAGACACACAGGAAAAAAAAACACCAUAAAAGCAUAAUAAAAGUAGUUAAUUUGACUCGUGCAUUAUAUUCAGAGUCUUCUGAAGCCAUGUGAUAGUUUAUUUGAUGAAUAUUUUCCUUUUAAAAUCUUGGUUAAAAGAUGUCGACACCAUAUAUACCAUUUCAUUGUGUGGAAAAAGCAGUUUGGACAUUGUGCGAUAAAUAGAUCCUUUUGUGUCUCAUGGAGGAAGGAAAGUAAUACAGGUUUGAAAUGACACAAAGGUUAUUAAAUGAUGACAAAUUGGACAUUUUUGGGUGAACUAUUCCUUUCAUUUAAUACAAUUUUCAAGUUGCCUGAAUUGUUGGGAUUUUCAUUUUUAGCCUGUUUCAACACUGAAAUGACCAGUCUGUCUCUUCACACAAUAGACACAAACUGCUUAACAUUAGUAUGUUGCUGUAAGAAAAUGUUUAUUAUUAUUAUUAUUAUUAUUAUAGCAUAAUGCUCCUUUAGCCAGAAACUGAAGCUCCUUGGGAGUGCCCUUCAGACACUUAAAAACAGGAUUUUCAGAAUCAUUUAAAAUUCCUUGUUAUAUUAUUGAAAUCUUUUCUCUUAUUGUACAUGUCAACUCAUUUGAAAAGAAAGUUAAUCAUAUUUAAUAUGGUGUAUUACUGUAAAGUUGAUUGUAUGUAUUUGGCUGUUUUUUCUUGCUUUAGAUUUUUUCAUAUGAAAAAAUUUAAUAUUAAAGACCCCUUUGUUACACUUUACUAGGGCCUAGUAGGUUUUUUUUUUCUUUCUCUCAGUUCAAAUGAAGCCGAAUGGAGUCUCUUUCAUGGUUAGUAAAGGUAUUUUCUCAUUGCUUA